UUGCAUCGAAAGAUCCUCAUCAUCGAUUUGUGGUGAAAGAAGAUGUUAGAUUACAAGAAUGGGAAAAGAGGGAUGGUGAGUUGAGAAAUUGUACUGGCAUAUCUUUGAAAUGCACACAUGUCCAUGAGCUUCCAGAAGGGUUGGUAUGUCCCAAACUUGGAUUCUUUUUGUUGAAUGGCAAUCAUAAUUUCUUGAAAAUUCCAGACACCUUUUUCAAAGAAAUGAAAGAAGUCAGAGUUUUAAGCUUGUUUAGAAUUGAUCUUACACAACUGCCUUCAUCACUUCACUUUCUUUCAAAUCUUCGAACAUUGUGCCUACACCGAUGUAGGACGUUGAAAGACAUAACAAUACUUGGAGAACUGAAGAAACUACAAAUUCUUAGCCUUGUAGACUGUGGGAUUCUAGUGUUUCCCAAAGAAAUGAUGCAAUUGACUGAUCUAAGGAUGUUGAAUUUGGUGGAUUCCAGAAUUCUCGGUCCAAGAAAUGUGAUAUCAAGUCUAUCUCGGUUAGAGUAUUUGUGUAUGAGGAUUAUUUUAUGGGGGAGCGAAGGAGUUGACGGUGGAAGGAGGAAUGCUUGCCUUUCUGAGUUGAAACACUUGUCCUGUUUGAGGGCCUUGCAAUUGCAAUUAUCACAUUCAUGUUUGCCUUCGGAAGAUGUAUCCUUUGAGAACCUCACUAGAUAUGAUAUAUCUAUAGGCUCUCGACCGGGCCACUAUGGGGAGAAGAAGACCUCAAGAAGGUUGAAACUAUAUAAGAUCAAAGGCCCAGAUAUGGUGAAGUGCUUCUCCAAGCUGUUAAAGACAACUGAAGUUCUAGCAUUGGGCAGAUUGCGUGAUACCAAACAUUUUGUUUAUGAGUUAGACUGCGACGGUUUUCCUCAACUCAAGUAUCUGUAUAUCUCUAGGAGUGAUGGGAUGCAAUACAUCAUGAAUACAAUGGAAAUGGAAUGGGUCGACCCACCACAUAGUGCCUUUCCUCUCUUGGAGGGAUUAAAGCUUAGAUGUCUCAAGCAAUUGGAAGCAGUAUGCCAUGGCCCAAUUCCGAUGGGGUGUUUUGCCAACUUGAGAGAUCUGAUAAUAGAGGAAUGUAACAGCUUGAAAUAUAUCAUAUGGCUUCCUACAACACAAGCAAGGGAAUCAGUACUAGUGUUUCCUCAACUGGGAUCCUUGAAACUGGAACGUCUGCCAAAUCUCAUUAACUUCUACUCCACAGGAACCAGUGGCAGCCAGGAGCCAUGCAGCUCUUUUUUCAAUCAGGUUGCACUCCCCGGGUUGGAGUUGUUAUAUUUGGUUUCAAUGGAUAAUGUCAAAACAGUGUGGGACAACCAAGAUCCUAUAUGUUCCUCUAGCAAAUUGAAGGAUUUGUAUCUCAAGGGUUGUAAAAAUUUACUGAUUGUUUUUCCAUCUAAUUUCUUAGAAGGGAUACAAAGUCUACAAACUCUGAAUAUAGAAAAUUGUUGUUCUUUAAAAGAGAUUUUUGAAGAGAAAUAUAUAAAGUAG